AUGUACGCAAAUGUGAUGCAGCAAACGCAGGAUUAUCCGAAAAUGCGAACGACAAGACGACGGAAAGAAGAAAAAGUAAGGGUGAUUUAUGUGUUGUUUUAAGCGAUUUGUAAUGUGUAAAAAAUCUUCGUCUAUUACGGAGUUAUCAAUGUCAGACAUUGAGAAGUUUUUCUAAUCUUUACUUAGGAGAAAAAAACUGUUGUGGCAUUGAAGGCUUCAAUCAUUGCCGAGCCCUUUUCAGCGAAGUCAAGAUUAGAGAACGCACUGGUAAGUACAUGUAUGUUAUUUCUUUCUAGUAAGUCAAAAUAAGAAAGAGAACCACGCGACCUUCUGCCCUAAAACCGAGAGCUACAUAACGUAUUUCAUUUGGGUUCCUAAAGCUAUUACUUUUCUUUUUUAUUAGGUUAUUCCUCCUCCUGUUGCAGGAGCUUUCAAAGAAAGACCAUCAGAAAGCACUAGUUUUAAAAGGUGUUAUGAGCGAGGCGAUUUUCCCAUUGCUUUGGAGCAUGAUACGAAGGGCAACAAGAUCGCCUGGAAGGUCGAGAUAGAAAGGCUCGAUUACCAUCAUUACCUUCCGCUGUUCGUCGAGGGAUUGUCUGAAACAUCGCAUCCUUACGAAUUUUUCGCCAGACAAGGAGUCCACGAUAUGUUGGAGCAUGGUGGAGACAAAGUUCUUGCAGUUAUUCCACAGCUUAUAAUCCCGAUCAAAAAAGCGUUGAAUAAGCGAAAACUCAGUGUCAUUUGUACCACUCUUAAAGCUCUGCAGCAUCUUGUAGUUGCCGGUGAGAUGAUUGGUGAAGCCCUUGUCCCCUAUUACAGGCAAAUUCUACCGAUCUUAAACAUCUUCAAGAACAAGAAUAUCAAUUCGGGUGAUGGAAUUGAUUACAGCCAGCAGAAAAGAGAAAAUGUCGGUGAUCUGAUUCAAGAAACGCUCGAAGCACUCGAGCGGCGUGGAGGUCCAGAUGCGUUUAUCAACAUCAAAUAUAUGGUGCCAACCUAUGAAUCUUGCAUGUUGAAUUAA